GCGCCUCCAAACAACGACAUUACUCUCGUGCUCACCCAGGAAACCCAUCUCGCAACCUCAUUUUCUUCCCUCACGCACCAUAACAUAGAACCCUCGAUUCCCGGUGCCCCCGAAAAUCCAACCGCAAAGAUGGGCUCAGAACCCCAGUACGCAAAGUACCCUCUCCUCCCGCUCGCCCAGCAUGUCUUCGCCCUCACAAAUGCCUACGCCUCCCGGUCAUCUCAACAAACCGCCGCGAAAGCCCUCAAUGAUGCCAUCACCGAGCACAAGAUGGCGCCGCUCUACCGCUAUCUUGCACACCCCCUCGAGGGCAUUCUGAACCAAGUUGGGGAAGGUGGCAGCCAGACCCCCGGCAAGCCGCUGAGUCGGAAGUCGAGUUUGGCGGGCAUGAUCGCUACCAAGAGCACGCCAACCACCGUCAACCUGCCCUGGGACGAGGCUCGGUACCAAGAGCUUAAGGCCGACAACGAUCGAGAGUUAGAGGAGUUCCAGAAGGAGGAAGAUGAGGCUGUCGAAAAAGCGGGUGAUACGGAGAUCCAGGCUGCGCGGGGCAAACGAGCGGAGUUCUGGGCCAGAGUUGGUGACAAGGAUCGGGCGAUCGCCGCAUACGAAGACGUUUUCGAGAAGACCGGUAUCCUGGGUACCAAGAUCGACCUGGUUCUCGCAAUAAUCCGGAUGGGUCUGUUCUACGGCGACAAGCUCCUUGUGAAGAAGCAUGUUGAGCGCGCAAAGACCCUGGUUGAGUCCGGUGGUGACUGGGACCGUCGCAACCGUCUCAAGGCCUACGAGGGCAUCUACCUUUUGACCGUUCGGUCGUACAAUCUAGCGGCCCCGCUGUUGCUGGACAGCUUGUCCACCUUCACCAGCUACGAACUCUGCACUUAUUCUUCUCUCGUCGUCUACUCUGUUCUCGCUGGAUCCGUGUCCUUGAAGCGCGUCGACUUCAAGAGCAAGGUUGUUGAUGCUCCUGAGAUUAAGGCUAUCCUUGGCGACGGAGAUGAUAAGAUUUUGGCUCUGUCUGGUGCUCUCAGCGCCGGUCCCGGUGCCGACGACACAAUGCAAGACGCCCCCGCGCCUACCGCAGCUGCCAAGACCGCAGUGAACCUGACGACCCUCGGCACAGGCACUGACCAGCCCGAGGCUGAGAUGGCUAUCGACUUCUCGCCUCUGGCCCAGCUCGUCUCAAGCUUGUAUAAUGGCCAAUACAAGUACUUCUUCCAGGCUCUUGCCGAGGUCGAGGAGAACUUCCUCACGCAGGACCGCUACCUGCACGAGCAUAAGAACUGGUUCAUUCGCGAGAUGCGCCUCCGCGCAUACCAACAGCUUCUUCAGAGCUACCGUGUGGUUGGGCUGGAGACGAUGGCGACCGACUUUGGCGUCACCGUUGACUUCCUGGACCGCGACCUCGCCAAGUUCAUCGCGGCUGGUCGCAUUCCUUGCACAAUUGACCGCGUUAGCGGCAAGGGCGUCAUCGAGACCAACCGCCCCGAUGAUAAGAACAAGCAAUACCAGGAUGUUGUCCGCCAAGGCGAUCAGCUCAUUACCAAGCUCCAGAAGUACGGCCAGGCCGUGCGUCUGAGAGGAAGUGAGCGGGCGUAAGCUGCCGGUCGGGUCGUUAGAAUAUAAGAGGGCAGACGCGCUUUCUUCACCAUAUGCUCACCCGGUUGUAUGUCUCGGUCAGGCUUGGAACGGCCAAAGUGGUGAUGUAGAGAUGGCAGGCGGCGAAUAGAACUGGGGGGCUGGGUAAGCAAAUGUGUGCUACUACAAUAACUCUGUAUGAUACCUACGGAUGAGACGGGCCAAUAUGAGGAAUCUUGGCUUGAACCAAGUUCGCCGACCACCCUCUUGUGAUGCCAGAUUACCUAGUGUUCGAUAACCUUUCCGAGUCUCACCGUUUACUCCUUGGCAGGAUUGUGAGAAUACCUUGUGCAUGCUUGAUCUGGCCUCUGACCGAGGAUGGCCAGUUCGUAAGCAGACGUUGUUUCGGAUAACUUCGGAAGACUCAAUCAAGGCUGAACGACGGGCCACUG